UCGAUUUCUCACCAGCCAGUGCCGCGCCAGCCGUUGUCGAAGUUGAUUGUGUCGCAUCGUCGCUCCGCCAACUCGAACUUUUAUCGUGACCAAAAAACCUUAUCGUGUGUUAUAAAAUUAAUAAAUAUAUCAUAUACGAAAGCCAAAUUAGAAAUUUGUAAUAAGAAUUGAAUCGCGUUGUGAACAAGUGCAGCAAUUGUCGAAACUCGUAACAAACGCGUGGCGGAACAUAAAAACAAACUCUCGUCUCGUGCUCGAGUGGUCCCCCGCGAUAAUUAGUUUGGUAAAAGUGAGUGUGUGUGCUGUGGACGGUUGAUGGUUCAAUUAGAACUAGAUUAUUAGGCUUUUGUAGCUGGCAAUUCGUGUGAGCAGCUCUUACUUCGGAACACGGAUGUUGAAAUUGGAGUCGCCGGAUGUCCGCAUGGCGCUGCCGCUGCCGCGCUCACCGGACCCCGCGGCGCUGGCUGCCUACUGGGCCGAAUAUGAGGACUUGUGCCGCCAGAUCAGCAACGCGCACAACCAAGACGACGACGACAAUCAUUAUGAAGAAGGCGAACUAGAAGCGGAAUGGCUGCAAGCUGCUGGCCUCGCAUCCUUAGCGGCCCCAUUCCAAGCUGGUCUGGAAGUGACCGAGGCGCAGUUGGGGGAAGCCGUGAGUCCUCUGCCGAGAGAGCAAGCUGCUGCCGUGCGCAGGCGAGUCAGAAGACUCAACAGGACUGUGAGAAGAAAGAAAGCAGCCUCCAGAGCCAGAAAACCUGACAUACGUGAUGUCUUCAGAGAUUUGGAGAACUCUAGUGGCAGCGAGCCUCGAUCUCGGAGUGCGACUCCCGACUCUUUGGACUCGCUGCCAAGCGGGGGGUCCGGCAGUCCACCAGCCGAGUGGGCUGAUGCUGUUACUCCACCCGAUUUUGUCGAUAGUUUCCCGCCACCUGGCACUCAUGCGCCAUUGGCUCGGACACCGUCAGCACCAGCUGCGCCGCGGCGUUCACGCCUCUCGCCCCCCGGCCAGCAUGACUCGCCUCCGCUAACUAUGCACGAGCUCUUCAAGCCCAACGAUCUUCACUGGGCUGACAUUGCAAGCAAUACCGAGGGAAUCGAAUUGAUAGGCUACCAAAGAUAUGGGACAGUCCAAGGACCAAGAAUAGGCAAGGAGCGAAUCAACGGGUCUAUCUUGAAGGACAACGAUCCCUUCAUUAGCAACAAACACACAACGAUAUCGCGUGCCAAAAGCGCAGCAUCUGGCCAGCAGCCACUCAGUUUCGAACACAAAUUCAACCUAGACAGACAGAUGAUGGAACACGAGGAGGAGUGGCCCGAAGACGACAGCACCAUUGACAUUGAGAACAUCGGAGAACCCCAGUUGAAACGCCUACAGCCACUUAUUUGGUUGGAAUUAACCACGAUGUUCGAUAGAUACUCGCUGCCUUUCCAGAAGAGGAAGCCGCCCAAGAAGAAAAGGAAAGAAGAAGGCGCGGUCUUUGGCGUGGCACUGGAGACACUGCUGCGUAAAGAUAUGAUCCUGUGGGAGGAGACCUGGAGCUCGGUGCCAAGCGUGGUGCGCGCACUCAUCACCGCUCUACGAGCACGAACGCAAGAUGAGGGCUUACUGCGUGUGCCUGGCAACAAGCAGAAGAUCGAAUCCUUGUGUCAAUUAAUCGAGCGACAAUGGUACGAAGACCGCGGCGCCGUGGAAGCGGCCCUAUCGCGGGCCAGCAGUCACGACCUGGCCGCGGUGUUCAAGAGAUUGCUACGGGCUCUCCCCCAGCCGCCGCUCACACAGGAGCUGAUGCGACUCUUCUAUCACACUUAUGCCCUAACCGGCACAACGCAAGGAAGAGCCCUGAACCUGCUGGUGCUGCUGCUGCCGCCGGAGCAGCGCGCGACGCUGCGCGAGCUGCUGCGACUCGUGCGCCAGAUCGUGGCCCACAGCGACACCAACAAGAUGAGCGAGCACAACGUCGCUAUGAUCAUUGCGCCUACGCUGUUCCCGCCCAGCCUCCUGAUCAAGCUAUCAGACAGCCUGGAGACGCAGCUAGCGACAGCCGCGAACAGCUGCCAUGUGACAGAAGCACUCAUGCGGUGGAGCGAGCAACUAUGGACUGUGCCUGCCUCGCUCUACACCACCUCCCAGAGGAAACCACAUCCACACCGUAGAAACCACCAUACUUGAAUAUGCCCUAAUCGAGGUUACGGCUGAGUUGCACAUACCUUUGAUGGUCAAUGGAGACCAAACCCAUCAGAGAUUAAUUAAGGACUUGGACACGAUCAGAAUACCUCUGAUUUAAUGGACCAAUCCAUAUGGUGCUCAUGUAUUAA